AUGGUGUUCAUCGUCGGCACUCUCUUGCUCGUCGCUGCUGCGACUGCCAUAGCGGCUGCAGCGGUAGCGAGCACUGAGGCAUGCAUGCCUCGGAGAAGCAGGCAGAAUGACGACGGCCAGGAGCUGGCUGUCGCAGAACAGCGGAGCCGCGACAUCUCCAUUAUCAGCAACAGCAGUGGCAGUUUGGGUUGCCGACCCUUCCUGCUACAGCUUCCUGGUGGUCGUCAAGUACGCGUCGAUUCCGUGCAGUCAGCCCUUCGAUUGUACUCAAGGAUAUUCAGCCGGUCCGCUACCCAGCAGCAGCUGGGUGGUGUUCCCCGCCCCAUCGCCCAGCGCAUCUUCCUGCAGCGCGGAUGGACAGGGGGGAGCAGUAUCACCAGCACCAGCGGCGGCGGCGGUGGAAUCUUAUUCCAGCUUCGUUUUCCGUCAACGUUCUCCGCGGUAAUGCCGCCGCCUCUCGCGCUCGUGCGUGGAUGCGCCGGGGCCGACGGCGCCAUCGCCCUCUCCACGCCCGCCGCCGCCGCCGUCACGGCAUCGCGGGUUUUCAGCACGUGCCCUCUCCUCCUCCCCGGCCUGAGUCGCACGACCGCCGGCGGGGGAACGCAGACGGUGCUAUCCCUGCAGCAGAAGCUCCUCACCCUCCCGUCGACGGCCAGCGUGUUCUCUGGCUCGUCGGGUGCAGUCGGGACGGCUGUGUGGUGCCGCCGGAUGUCUGCCUCCCAGCGCUCGGUCGCGGCGCGGUGGGUCUCGGAGGUUAUGAGCGGACCUCUCGGUACCAUCCCCGCUGCCGGUGCAACGGCAGCGGCGGCGGCCGCAGCGGCGGUCGCGGCGGCGCGGCCGGCGAUGGUCGCGCGGGUGGCGGUGACCGGGGACACUGGAGCUGUGUACUCCCCCUGCACCCCUUACUCGACCGGAGCGUGCACUGUCGACGCCUCGUCCACCGACACCUCCAAGGUCGGCGACAGGUUUUCCCGCGGUGGAGGCGUGCCCGCCAUCUCCCCCGCCGACUGGGCGCUGCCGGCCUGGAGCUCGGCACUGUCGUCGUCGUCUUCUUCUGGUUCCCGCGAGGGGGCGGACAAGAACGGCGCCGCCGCCUCGACCGUCGGGGAGCAGUCCUCGUGUCCGAUGCUCGCCAGCCUGAGGGAGAGACUGGAGAGUGGCCCGGUGCCUUCGGCGUUUCGGUUCGUUGGGCGCGGUCGCGGUUGCCCGCCCCACCUCUCCGCGUCGCCGAUGUUUUCGGGAACCGGUGCGGGAACGGCGACGGAACGCGGGGCGGCGACCGCGGCGGCGCGGCCGGCGGCGGCUGCGGUAGGUGCUGUCCCCGCCGCCGCCUACGGUGCGUGUGCAUCGUACUCCGGGUGCGCCUCGCACGCUGGCGGUAACAAGCGAGACCGCUAUGUGCUCGAGAACAUGGAUCUCCUGGACGACGCCGACGAGAAGACGGGGACCGCCGCAUCAGCCAGCCGCAAGGAUAACGACGACGGUAAGAUGAAGACCGGCGCCAUCUACGGCAACCAGUCCAUCGAUCAGUCCAUCGCCGAAGCGCUGAUGGGGAUCGGAGGCCGCCCGGCGCUUCAGGUGAUGCGGGUGAGCGGGCUUGACGCGGCGCUGACGCCUUCCAGUGGCCCGUCCGACAGCACGGAGGAGGAACAGGAGGAGGCGUCGCCGGCAGAGAGCAAGAAGAGACAGCGGCACCGGUGCGAGGAGCUUGACAUCGACGAGGACUACCUCGGCAAGAUCGACGUUAUGACGGAAGAGGUGUCGUCGGUUGUGCAGAAGAUUCUGGCCGCCGCAGCCAGCGUCGCGCCGCCCACGCCGCCGCUCACCCCCGCAUCCGCGAUGUCGUCUCCCGCGGAUUCUUUCCACGGGUCGACCCGGGCCGUGUUCUUCGGGAGCGGCUACAACGAGAAGGACAGCGGCGUUAUCUUUGAGAGCGUAAACGCAGACUCUCCGCUGUUGCCGCAGGUGGUACCGCGCUCGCCGGGUGUGGUCGACACCCCCCCUCCCCGGUUCCCGUCGCCUCGCGUGUACCUCACCGCCGACGGCCUCAACAUGGAUCUCUGCAUCCUGGACGGGGUCAACUCGGAUGGCGGUUUUGGUGACGUGGUGUUCAUGAAGGACAAGACCACCAAGGAGUCUUUCGCAUUCAAGAAAUCCAAAGACACGCCGUCCGGACGCCGACAGAUGGAGCGGGAGGUGGCGGCCCUGAGCGACGUGCGGGGCAAGGUGUCCCACGUCGUGCACGUCCAAGAGAUAUCGUCGACCAGCGGCGCGCCCAUGCUCCUCAUGCGCAGGGAGCCCGGCACCCUGAGCUCGAUGCUCUGCGACUGCUCGAACACCGACCCCCGGGCCCUCGUGAGGGUGCUGUGCGGCGUCCUCACCGCAGUCGGCGGCCUCCACGACAUGCAAUACGUCCACCGGGAUAUCAAGCCGGGCAACAUCCUCGUGGACGGCCACGGCGACGCCAGGCUCACGGACUUCGGGAUGUGCCUGAAGAUGGACGAGGCGCGCCUGCACGAGAACAUCGGGGACGGGACCCCGUGCUACUCGGCUCCCGAGACGUCCGACCCGCGGGGAGGGGGAGCGACGGUCGUCUCCGAGAUCUACGCCGUCUCGGUCGUGCUCGUGGAGGGCAUGUUGAACAAGUGUGCUUUCGGAGAGGAGGAGCUCCUCGAGGCAGCCGAGGACCGCCUUCAGGUGCUCGAGGUCGCGCGGGAAGACCUCCUCGAGAAGAUCGAGGACGAAAUUCAGGAUGACGAGGACGAGGCUGAGCUGGAGGAAGUGCGGAUCAAGGAGCACUACCUAGGCGUCGUCGCUGAGGACGGGUGGGUGCCGAAUGAGGAAGCCAGGGCGAAGCUGGACCAGCUGGGACAGCCACUGAGCUUUUUCAUGGCACAGUCUGACGAGAGGGGCGAUGACACCCUCAGUUUCGAAGAAAAAGGGACGGAGGCCCGUCGGGAGGCACAGGCACACCCCCGCAGGCUGUUCGAGCACAACUGGGUGGAAUGGCUCACCACGUCCUCCCGGGCGGCCAGCGACGAGGGGCUCCGCCAGGUGAUCGCUUUCGUCCUCGACCGGGGGAUGAUCGACCCGAGGCCCGAGGCCAGGCCGCAGACCGUGGAGGCUGCGAAGGAGCUUCUCCGACAGGCGCUCGCGAUCUACGAGGUGGAGGCGGCAUCGGAGGAAGGCACCGAGCAGGACGACGCGUAGGCUGUCUGGAUAUACAAACUUUACUGUAUGGGAGCACGGAAAUGAGAGGACUGGAAAGAGGGGAGAGGAAAGGAGGGAGGAACGGCAGAGAACCCGUUGUCAUAGAGAGAUUUGGGGGAGAAAUGUGACACAGAGGUAGAGGUGACGCGGAAUGGUACCCAGGCCGCAGGCCGUGGAGGCCGCGAGCGGUGUUGAGGAGGUGAAGAAGAACGAGGUAGCGAAAACUAUUGUUGCUACAUAUAUAUAGGAACCAAAUAUCAAAGACCGAGCUGGGAAUGGUGGUAGAGGGACGGAGGAGCUGAGACUUGCUAUGGCAGAGGGCGUUGGAGGAGAUGGAGGAGAUGGUUGUGUAGGGAGGGACGGAGGAGGGGAGAGGGGAGGGGAGGCGAUGCGGAUUGGUUGUACGAAGACAAGGAGGAUGAUAUCUUCAAGAGGACGACAUGUGUUGGUCGUGAUGUUGCCAGAAAGACAGUUUGCUGCCCAUACGGCAGCUUACGGUGUAGGAGAUUUAAUGUUGACCCCCCAUUCACCGCCUGAGAUGUGGGCAGCGUUUUUCUGCUGCUACAGGCCUCUGGCUGUGGUGUGUGACUAUUCCUCCAACGGCGUGUAGUGAAUUUGCUGUUCUGGGUCUCUCCCAGUGCAGGAUUGCUCGAACGAGGGAACGCAUUGACUGUCUCUGUCUCCCGUAGUUGGACUCUUAUGAAUGUGCUUGUUUGAGGUGUUUAUGUCGCUCCGAUGCGGGGUUUCGAGAGGGGGCGUCAAUUAUUUUUUUCCUGUAUAGGUCGCCAAGGCGAGGACGGUGAUUGGGUGUAGCUAGACCCACCGGAGGUGUCCAUUUGGCACAUGUUUGGAUCGGAUGUGCUUUGUUCAUCCCAGGAUGAGGAUGUUUCGAAAGAAGUGGUCGGUGCGUUUGCUGUUCUGCGCCUUUCGCGGUGCAGCAUUCCUCGAUACGAUGGGAUUUAUUUAUCGCUGUAUACAUGUACACCCAGGCUGUUCGAGGUACGAGGAGGGAGCUUUUGCUUAAUGGAGAGAGCGUCAGGUAGACGAGGUGUUAUAACAGGCCGCGAUGCCGGCUGUUCGCGU